CUGCUUCUGCGGGACAUGCUGGUGAGGACGCACAUGCAAGACCUGAAGGACGUGACCUGCCAAAGCCACUACGAGAACUACCGGGCGCGCUGCAUUCGCGGCAUGACGCGCAUGGUCGUCCGGGAGCGCCGACGCAGUUUGUCUGAAAAGCACGGAGGAGAAAGCCACGCGGACGUCCCGCUGCCGCUCGCCGCCUCCGACGGGGAAAAGGAGAGACUGCUCCUUGAAAAAGAGCAGGAGCUCGGGAGGAUGCGGGAGCUUCUGGAGAGCAUUCGGCAGCAGAUGCAGAGCGGCCGCAUAUGAAAAGAAGACGCGUCGGCGGGCACGGACGGAUGCGGCUCGGGCCGACCGGUGGACCGGAAUCACCCGGCUGACUUCUGAUCGGAGCAUCGUGGCGUUUCUACGUCCGACUUCCUUGUCUCCCCCCCACCCACCACCCACAUCGACCGUCAUUGUUUCUACUGCCACCUAGUGGCUGUCGGUGUGAAGUGACAAGUGGAAUAAAAACAGGGAGGGAGAAGGAGGAGGCGCCAAACAAGGACUGCUGGAAAUGUCCUCAUAUUCAUUAAGAAUCUUUCCGAUGAACGUUGACGGCCGGCCCGCAGCGCUCAGGCCUUCUUCUACAACUUAACACUUUCGCCAUAGGGAAAACAGCCGUGCUCCUAUUAAUAUAUAAUAUCCGUAUUUGCCCGACGUCACGCCCGCCAGCCUCGGCCGCGGUCCCGCAAACACGCGCCACAACGACACAAACGAGUCCGGCGCGCGUCGCGUGACAAAGUCCGUCCGCAAGAUGACGCGACGCGAGCGGAGUCGCCAUCGGAAGAACGUUGGACCG